CGGCCCCCCCUUCCCUCAGUGUGAACCUGGUGACCCGGAACAGACCCGGGUUGUUUUCCUUCCUGCUGGCCUGUGGACGGAGCUCUGUCCCGGGAUGGCUCUGAUCGAAGCCCCGCCGCGCUGCGGGCUCCGCGCCCUGACGGAGUCGGUGUCGGAGCAGCUGAGGCGGGUCGGGGAGGAGGUGCUGGGGCUGCUGGAGAAGCGCAGCGGUGGGUCCGGGGGCCGCCUGCUCCGCCUGCUGCGGCUGUUCCUCGCCGAGCGGCUGGCGGCGGCGGCGGAGCGCAUCGUGGAGCUCCUGGAGAGGGAGGUGGAGGAGUACCGGCGGCAGCUGGAGCGGCAGGGUCGGCUGCUGGAGGCGGUGCUGAGCCCGGUGGUCCGACUGAACCGGACAGACUCGAUCUGUUUGUCCGCCGAUGAAAUCCAGACACAGCCGUCAGAGGUCAACCCCGUCCACCACCCUGCAGCCCCGCCCUCAGACGUCUCUGCAGCCGAAAACAACGACAGCAGCGACAAUUGGAGCAACAGCUCCUCCAGUAUUAAAGACACAAACAGGACCCGGAGGUCCAGCAGCAGAAGACGGCAAGUGGCAGCAUCAGACCGGCCGGGGACUCACCACUGUGUCGUCUGUAGAAAAACUUUCCAUCACAAAGGGAAUCUAGUCAAACACGUAGAAACCCACGUGGACCAGCCUGAGUGUGGAGUCUGUGGAGAAUGGUUCGAGUCCUCAGACAGUUUGUCGGACCAUCUCAGGUCUCACAGAGAGACCAUCAGUGGCGGCGGGACAUGUCGCGUCUGCGGGAAAACAUUUCAGAACAUGGAGACACACAUGAGGAGUCACACAGGAGUUAAACCGUUCAGCUGUGACGUCUGCAGCAAGAGCUUCCCCCGACCCGGAGCACUGAGGAGGCACAAGAAGAUCCACAGCAGGAGAACCCAAGAUGUCUGCCCGGUCUGUGGACUGACCUUCACCCAGAACCACCUGCUCCAGGAGCACCUGAAGACCCAUGAAGAGGACAACAGAGACCAGAGCGAGAACAACAAGGACGAUGAGACGGAGACGCUGAAACCAAAGAGAGACAAAACACCAACCUCAGGACCAAAGUGGUCUCAGUCGGCCCCGCUCUGCUGCAGAGUCUGUGGUGAUUCCUUCCACAGCCGAGGGUUCCUGAGGAAACACGCCGAGACGCACUGCAAGGAGUCUCAGAGCAUCUGCGGCGUCUGUGGACAGCAGGUGGACUCAGCUGACGGUCUGGUGACUCACCUGCAGUCUCACAGAGAGACCAGCGGGACCUGCAGCAUCUGUGGGAAAAGUUUCCAGAACAUGGAGACACACAUGCGAAGCCACACGGGGAUCAAACCAUUCCGCUGCAGCGUCUGCAACAAACGCUUCCCUCGACCCGGAGCCCUGCGGCGCCACAAGAAGAUCCACAGCGGGGAGCGACCAUACACCUGCCAGCACUGUGGGAAGACCUUCAUCGAGAGCAGCGCAUUAAAGACUCACAGCAGGACUCACUCAUGGGAGAUCCUGGACAACGAGGACCCUGAGCCUCCGGCAGACUCUCAGAACCUGAAGUCUGAGACAGAGGAAAGUCCAACUGUCCAGGAGAACUCCAAGAUGUCAACUCAGAUGUCUCACUGCUGCAAAGUCUGCAGUGAAUCUUUUCAGAGUAAAGGCAGUUUGAGGAAACAUGCAAAGACUCACUCAGCAGAGUCCAUCUGUGGCGUCUGUGGUGAAAGUUUCCCACCUACAGAGACCCUGACAGACCACCUGCAGACUCACAGGGACGCCGGUAAAAUCUGUCACAUCUGUGGUAAAACCUACCAGAACAUCGAGACUCACAUGCGGAGUCACACCGGCUUCAAACCGUACCGCUGCAGCAUCUGUGGUAAAUCCUUCCCCCGUCCUGGUGCUCUGCGCCGCCACAAGAGGAUCCACAGCGGGGAGAGACCGUACAUUUGUGAGUUCUGUGGGAAGACGUUCAUCGACAACGGCGCUCUGACGACACACAUCAGGAACCACACUGGGGACAAACCAGCACAACGGGUCUCCUGCGAAACCUGUGGAAAGAGCCUGGCGUCGGUCCACGUUCUGGAGGUCCACAAGAGGAUCCACACAGGCGAGAAGCCGUUUCAGUGCCGCGUCUGUGGGAAGACCUUCAGGCAGGUGGGAGGGCUGAACGCUCACAUGCUGACCCACACUGGGGAGAAGCCAUUCAGCUGCAGCCUCUGCAACAAGAGCUUCAGCACCAAAGGAUACCUAGAGACCCACAUCCGCUUCCACAAGAAGGAGCGAGCAUUCAGCUGCCACCUGUGCUGGAAGGCCUUUGUCACCAAGAAUGACCUGAAGAAACACCUGCUGACCCACACCGGAGAGAAACCCUACAGCUGCAGGGUCUGUGGGAAGAGCUACCAGGAGAAACGCUCCCGAGAUGUCCACAUGAAGGUGCACCGAUCAGAGAGGGAGCUGAUCAGGAGGGAGGACGGUCUGCAGCCAGAGUUCAUGCAGCUUUAGACUCCACACAGACCAGUUCGUACUGGUUUUACAGACUGGUGAACUGACCAGCAGCUGGAUCAGACUGAAGAAGACACAUCAAACUGUUUUUAAAGCCAGAUCCUGAAUCACAACCCAAAAUUAAACAAGAACACCUUUAACUUAUAAACAGUGUUUUGAGAGUUUCACAAUAAAUCUGUUUAUUUUUUAAUUUUUUAAUUCUAAAUAAUUUAAAAUCUUAUUUUCCAAAGUUUCAAAAAAUAAGUUCUUUAAAAAGUUUGUUUUUCCCCAAAUGAAGUGAAAUUAGCCAAGUGAGAAUAAAUAAACUGAUGAGCUGCUGUGGUC